CAGAAGCAAAAUGGCCGAUAGUAAACUAACCGAUCUCUCAGCGUCUGACAGUCAGCAAGGGUUAAUGCAUGUUUUGUUUACAGCUUGAGAACUACAGCCGCGCAAAAAAGGAUACUCGCCUUUCUUCAUUUUAUCUACGACUAACAUUUGGCCUAUUGGUGAUGAUAUUUCUUAGUCAGCUCAGCCUUGAAAGCCUCGAAGAACCAGCUCGCUAGGUUAGCUCCUUCGCUAGCCUGCUAGCGGUAGGUCUGCAAGACAUUUUGCACAGCAGCACUUUAUGUCCUAUGUGAUUCCCGAGAGAGGAGAAUCAAGAAGGGGAACAGCAGUUCAUGGAAGACAAGAAAAAGAAAAAAGAAGAGAAAAAGAAAAGGGAAACCUCUCAGAAGGUGCCAGAACAGAAAAUCAAAGUGCCAGAAUCAGCCAAGCCCUCCGGUUCCCAGCCACUCGCCACCCCUGGCUCAGUGUCCCCCAGCCCUGGACCGGUUUUCCCUUCAUCCCCGAGUCCUGGUGCAGGCGGAGUUUCUGCCCAAGUCCCUCCUGGUGGCGGGAACAAUGCAAAGCAGCGGACUGCUGUGGCCAACGGACAGCCCUCCUCCACCGCAUCUGGAAGUCAAACCUCCCAGCAGCAGCGAUACAUGUCUAGAGAGGUCCCACCAAGAUUUCGCUGCCAGCAGGACCAUAAAGUGCUACUGAAAAGGGGCCAGCCACCACUGUCCUCCAUGCUGCUUGGGGGAGGAGGAGGAGGGGGAGGGGAGGGGGGUGCAGGAGGGGUUGGAGGAGCCAGUGGCUGGGCUUCUGCCAUGUCCUCGGAUAACCCCAAUGCAAACACAUCUGUACAUGCAGAUUCCAACCCAGAUUCAUCUUUUCCUUCAACUCCUAAGUCAUCCUCAUUAUGUGUCGCUGCUUCAUCGUCUUCAACUACUUCAAUUUAUGCAAAUUCCACAUGGGGGGCAGGCUCUGGCAGCCAGUCCUCUUCUCAGGGCUGCAGUAAGGUGAUUGUGGAUGGGACUGACCUGGAGGACUGGCCUACCAUCACAGGCGGGGCCAAAAUGAGUUCUGAUGGGGCUGGAGGAGGAAUGCAGGAGCAAGACUGCCCCGGUAACAACAACAACAACAGUAGUGCCUCAUGGGGUGAGAGAAACAUCCAGCAAAAGGAAGGUGUGAUGGGAGGAGGAGUAGGGAACAUGGACAAUCCUUCCCCACCUCGUUUUUCUCCUCUUUCCUCUUCUUCCUCACUUAAUGAAUGUUCUCAGUCAAGUGGUGGUGUGUGGGUCUCCUCCACCUCGUCGCAGGUGGAAGGUGGGCCAGGAUCAGCAGCAUUUUACAGUUCCAAAGUCUCCCAUCUUCUUCCUGGGCCUCAGGAGGGCCCUGUGGGUGGCAGCAGUAAUGUUCCUGGUGCCAAUUUCAACCCCAAUGUGAACCCCUCUGCUUGGCCCGCCUUAGGACAAAGUGGGGCAUCCACUUCGGCUAGCAACAGCCUUCCCCUACCCGCAUCCAUUACUUCAGCUUCUUCAUUUUCUGCCAGCACCACCACCCUCGUCACCACUGAAACACUUUCAUCUGUGAAUCCAGCCGGUCUCUACCAGCAGCACAUUGAAACAGCUGUGGGAGCCAAAAGUGAAGAACAGCAGCAGCACUUAGGAAACCCAGGGCUGGAGCUGGGUUCGGGUGGGGGAUCAAGUGAAGCAGGACCAAAUCAAGAAGGUGGCAGUGAGGAAACCUCUGGAGUUGCUAGUGAAAUAGAAGGAAGUGGUAAUCUUUCUGGUACUUCGUCUUCCUCCUCUGCUGCCUCCUCCUCUUGGAGAUCUAUGCCUCCAGUGUCCUCUGAACUCGGUAUCGGGGCCUCACAGGCCGAUGGGUGGAGUGGAGGGACUGGAGGUCAGAGGCAGGAAGGGAACGUUUGGGGUUUUGGCAGUCAGGAUGACAAGGCGGGCUGGGGUAGGGGAAAUGGUGGGGAAUCAGUUACCCCAGUGGUAUCUCAGGGAGUUUGGGAAGGAAGCAGUUCAGAAGCCGGCUGGUGUGGUACUGGAGAGGGGGCAAGUUCGAGUAAUUUAGCAAUAGGAAGUGGAAGAGGGAUAGAUGUGAGUAGCAUCAACAGUAGUGCAGGCAGUGUAGGUAUUGGUGGUAGCAGUUUGGACGAUUCUGCCUCACCAAAGUUUGCAACUAUGACAAAAGCUUGGGACAAUCAGAAAGGGAUGGAAAGUGUGGAUGGCGCCGUUGGGGAAUGGGAUGCAGGAGGAGGAGGGCAGGAUGGCGGCCCUGGAGGCGGAGGACCUUCAUCCUCUAGUGGAGGUGGAUCUGUAGCCGGUAGUGGAGGCAGUGGGAGUGGUAGUGAACAUAAGCAGGAAAGCUCCUCUUCUGUUCGCCCAGAGUCCCAACAGUCCAAUGCUGAAGUGGCCUUACUUGGUAUGCUCAAUCGAUCAGAUCUAGAUCCCAAGGUCCUGUCUAACACGGGCUGGGGACAGACCCAGAUUCGACAGAAUGUGGCCUGGGACCUGGACCCCACGACAGGAGCAGGGAACAGGAACGAGAGAAAACCUUCAUCUUCGUCUGCAUUCUCAUCAGCCGUCAUGAACACUACAACCUGUCGCAGUCCAAGAUACCCGUCAAACACUGGCUCCGUAUCUAACGAUGCAUCUGCUGGCAGUCACACAACCAGCCUUAAUUCUGGGUCUGCUACAGCUGGGGAUGGAUGGGAUGGUGGUGCUACACAGUCCACUCGUGGUCCUUUUAUGGCAGGAAGGAAGCCAGGGUCAUCUAAAGAUGAUAUGGAGGGCAGCCAGGAGAAGGCAGCUGCUACAGGAUGGGGUGAUCCCCCACCUGAAAACCAGGGCAAAGGAUGGACGAAUGAAGAACAACAAUGGGGGGAUCGCAAAGGAGGAGGGAGAAACUGGACAGAGUUUGAAGAACGGGGUAGUGGGUGGGGUGAUGGUGGAGAGGACAAACGAACAGGGAGUUGGAAGGAAUCUAAAAGAGCAGAGACAAGUGGCUGGGGAGGAGAAUGGGGACAGAGAGACUCUAAUCCUGGAGGUGGGUGGGGAGAUGCACAAAGUAAAGGUGGAAGCAAACCGGAUGAUGGGUCUUCAUGGAGAAAUUUGGAUGAAGGGGGAUCUCAGCGAGGGGGAUGGGGAGGAGGAGAUGUCAGUGGAGGCAAAACCCACCAGGACUGGGGGAGUGCUAAGCCCCAUGCAGCAGCACAGAUACCAAACAGCCAAGUGGCACCAAUGAAAGCCCCAAAUCAACCGCAGCAGCAGCAAUCUCAAGGCCAGCAACCAACAGGGGGGCCCAUGCAAGGAGGCUGGAACAGGCAGUCGGCCGUUGGAAGUGGAGCUCCACCUUCCAAGAAUCAGAACCAAAGUUUGGGCUGGACUUCCGGCCCUAUACCCCAACUCUCUGUGGCUGGGGCUGACACGCUGGAGCCCAGUGGCUGGGAAGAACCUUCCCCUCAGUCCAUCAGUCGCAAAUUGGAAAUUGAUGAUGGCACAUCGGCUUGGGGAGACCCAAAUCGCUGCAACAACAAGAAUGUGAAUUUGUGGGACAGGAAAAACGCUACACCGGGCCAAAGUCACAGUCAGCAAGGUCCACCACCUCCACCCAUGCAGAAACAACCUCCUAGAAGGCAGCACAGCACCAACACAAACUCUGACAAUGGAGCAGUUGGCAUAUGGGGAGGACAAAAUGUGGACAAUGGUACAGGUGCUUGGGGUAAAGGACCAGAUGCACCAACAGGUUGGGGUGAACUAGAUGAACCCAGCAAAGCAUCUGGUUGGAGGAACCCGUCACCCAACCCUGGUAAACCUGUUGGAAAGUCAAUGGAAAGCUGGGGUGGGAAGGGAGACAGCUCCAUCACCGCCUCCAGGCACCCCAGUUGGGAAGAGGAAGACGAUGGUGGUGGAGGGGUCUGGAACAACGCUGGCUCCCAGGGAAGCAGCUCUUCCUUUAACUCUGGAGGCUGGGGUCAGACUCACGGAGGAAAGAGAGGCAAUGUCAAGAGUGGGGCAGGAGACAGCUGGAUGAAUCCAGUGUCCCGCCAGUUCUCAAACAUGGGCCUUUUGGGUGAUGAUUCAGGCGUAGACAAAAAGAUGGAAGGAGACAAGAGAGUAAUAAAUGACUAUAAUGGAGAGAUGCGUAGGGGAGGAAGAGGCAGUGGAGGCUACCGCAUCCCUGGUUCCAAAGACAUGGGUCCUCCUGACAUGGGAACCUACGGUGAGAAGAUGAGUGGCCAUGGAGUGUUUGUCGGGGGAGGAGGAGGGAUGCAUCAGUCUCGAGGGAUGCACCAGCCCGGCAUGCAUCCGAUGAACCCGUCCCAGGGGUUACGUGCACAAGUGCCUCACCAGUUCCUGUCUGCUCAGGUGCCGGGUCCUAUGCUGAAGCAGAUGCCCUCUCCUGGUGGCAGUGUAGGUGGAGUAGGAGGUGUCGGUGGUGUUGGAAGUGUUGGAGGGGUGGGUGGUGUUGGUGGAGGAGUGUUCGCUCCCCAGAUUUCACCACAGCAGCUAGCAAUGCUCAGCAACAUUUACCCCCACAUGCAGCAGUUCCAUCUGGCUUGUCAGCUCUUACUACAACAGCAGCAACAACAGCAGCUUUUGCAGAACCAGCGGAAGUUCCCACAGCCUCAGCCUCUGAGACAGCAACCAGAUCCACAGCAGUUGGCGAGGAUUAUGGCUAUUCUGCAACAACAGAGACAGCAUCAGCAGAGUGGAGUUGGAGGAACAGCGGUAGGAGGAGGGAGUUCCAAACUAUCCCCAUCUCACCUAGGAGGAGGCAUAUCAAAACAGCCCAUGGUAGACCCCCUUCCACAUGCUGGAAUGGGGGGUCCCUUAUCAGAUCUCCAUGCCAAACCACAAGGCAUGUACACAGGGCUUGCACCUGGUGGCACCUUGUCAUCGCUGGAGCUCGGUCCCAUGAUGGGAGGGAUGAAGGAUGUGGGUGGACAGCAAUCCCGCUUCAAAUGGAUGAUGGAGGGACACUCUCCAGCUCCCUCUCCUCCAGACACAACCCUUCACAAGAAUGGCCCUUUACCCAGUGGGAUAAAGGUUAGAGGAGGGUCCCCUUACUCCCAGUAUGAUAUGCUGGGCAGUGAAGGUUUAGGAAUGACACCUCAGGGCUCUGCGGACAGCUGGCACCGGACUCCUGGAAGUAAAAUGGGGAACAAACCUGCCACAUCCAGCUGGCCUCCAGAGUUCCAGCCCGGUGUCCCCUGGAAAGGAAUGCAGAGCAGUGGAGACCCAGAAUCUGAUCCCUACAUGACCCCCGGCAGUGUUCUUGGUUCCCCAGGAUCCCCGAACCUCAAUGACCCUGACCACCAGUUACUGCGAGAUAACAUAGGGCCAAACCCCUCUCUCAACACCUCGCUGCCUUCACCUGGUGCCUGGCCCUACAGUGCCUCAGACAGCUCCCUCAGCAAUGCACACAGCACAGGAAAGUACUCUGAGUAUAAGCCCAGCUGGCCUCCCGAGCCAAUCGGGCAGAACAAAAUGUGGAAGACCAAUCGCAACAGCUCGCAGCUGCCACGCCCCCCUCCCGGCCUUACCAAUCAAAAGCAGGCAUCGUCCUCCCCAUGGGGCACUGGAGGUCCUCGGUCGGCCCGGAGCUGGGGAGGGGGUGGAAUUAAUCAAGAUUCGAGAUUUGGGCCAGGCUCUGCCUGGAGUGACGGCGUUGCCUCCAGGGGCAGCUGCUGGCUGCUGCUGAGUAACCUGACUCCUCAGAUCGAUGGAUCCACGCUGAGGACCAUCUGUAUGCAGCACGGCCCCCUGCUGACCUUUCACCUGGGCCUAACCCAGGGCAGUGCUUUGAUUCGUUAUAGCAGCCGGCAGGAAGCAGCCAAGGCCCAGGGUGCACUGCACAUGUGUGUUCUUGGAAACACCACAAUUCUGGCAGAAUUUGUGAGUGAAGAAGAAGUUGCACGCUAUUUUGCACAUUCCCAGGCUGGAGGGGCAGAAGGGGUCAGCCCAGGGGGAGCAGCAGGCAGCGCGGCGCCCGGUUCAUCUGGAGCGGGCACAGCUGUGGCCAGUAGUGGCGGAAGCUCUCCGGGGAGUGAGCGGGCAGCAGUGGGCUCGUCUUCAGGUGGAAAUGGAAACGGCGGUGGAGGAGGUGAAAGCGGAGCGGGGGCGAUGGCAGGUGUGAGGUCAUCUGGUUCUGGAUGGCAGUCUCUUGAUGGUACAGGCACUUCUUCAGAAACGUCUUCAGCCCAAGGACCUGGGCUGGGGAUAUUUUCCCAGUGGAGCACCAAUGGGGCAGGAGAGGGAGGGGUUGUUGGGGGAGUAGAAACUGGGAGGUCUGGGCUGUGGGGGGGCAUGACUGCAGGAUAUCCAAGCAGCAGCCUGUGGGGAGCACCGCAAAUGGAGGAAAGGCACCAAAUGGACAGCCCUGCUGGAUUGUUGCCUGGCAACCUGUUGGGUGGAGGGGCUGAUUCUAUCUGAUGAGUCCCCUCUGUUUGUAUGUGUGGGUUUGGACACACUGUUAUGGCAUACACUGGGAUACAUAUGUACUUACUAUGGCACACACAUAUACACAGAACGCAUAUUAAUGUACUACAUACACAUGCAUACGUAUGCAUAGUACAUGCAUAAAGCAGAAAUGUGAGACAUGCUUACACACAUUCUCAUGGCCAGACUUAAGCUAUUAUUAAAAAAAACAAAUGCAGGGACUGUUAGAUGUGUAUACAGCCUUUUUCCACAGAUGAAGAUUUCAACUGCUUAGACUUGAAACCUGUAAAAGAAUGAAAAGUCAUUUAGUCUGAAAGACUUGACUGGAUUGCAAUGUGCUUAGUAAAUAGGGGACUUUUCAACAGAUUUACAUAAACAUGCACACACCAAAUACAGAGAAGCCUUCAGACAGAUAGGCACUGUAAACAGCAUUACCUUCAUCGUAUAAGAGAAUUUAAAACUACUACAUGAUGUGAGGUUUAAGUGCAGUUUGUAUUCACAUCCCAUUAAAGAUGGAGAUUGAAUCCAAACACAUGCAAACAGUUCUGAUUGACAACAGACCUGUAUCUUACUGUGUAUGUUAAGUUUUUUGUUUUUUUUGUUUUUUUUUCCUGUUUAUUUGUAUGUAUGGUUUUACUUUUUGAACAGUGAAAAUAUUGAAAAAGUUCUUGUUUUCAAAAUGCUGACCUCCUACUGUUGUAUCUCACGCACUCUGUCUCUGUUAUUCUCCCUUGGACAUAUUUGUUACUGUUGCAGUGAUAAAUGUUAAAUUGCUGGCAGUUUCAGGCUAUAAUGCAUUUCUCCACGUGUCGAUACUGCGUGCAGCAUCGUACACACCGAGUAUGAGUGAGACUGAGACCAAGUAAGUGGAUUAAACCACUUGUGUGAAUGUGAGGAUAAUGUGUGCAUGUUAAUGCCUGUCAUAAUGUGGGCAAGGCUGCUUGCGAUACAGAAGGUCUUUACAAAAAAUGUUUUGAGUGCAUUUGGUAUACUGCUGACUGUGUGUUAAGAAAUAUUGGCACUAAUGCUUUUUUUUUUUUCUCUCUCUCAUUUGAAGUUUUUUAUUUUAGCAGACUUGUCUUUUUUUAUUGUCUGACCUGCAAUAAUAAAAAAAAUGAAAAAAAAAACAAAAAAAGAACAUUUUAAUGUCACAAAGAGCUGAAGGCAUAUGCGUUUAGAAAAUGGACAUGCCAAAUCUUAUCAAACUGUGUGGAGCGGGCGGGAGGGGCGGGGUGGGUUGUUUACAGAUUACAGAGUAAGCGUUACCGUACGUUUUUAAUGUUCUGUUGUUGUGUAUUCGUUUUAAAUUAAGACGGGCUUUAACACUCCUGUUCAGUGUUUUCGUUUUGAGAUUUUACAAAGGAAAAAUUUAUUUAAACAAUGAGAACAAGAUUAAUAAAGAAGAAAGUAUUGGCUUCUAAAUGUGUGCUUGUGAUUUAUUUGUGAAGUCAGGCUCCUGCCUGGUGCUAUAAAGAACAGCUGAACACUAUUUUAACACUUUCAUAUAAAGUUCCACUGUUAAACAGUUGACACUUAUUUAGACAGAAUUUUAGCUGACUGUGUUGACUUUUAUUUUAAUUGAUUUUAUUUUUUGUAUUUCUCCUAUGUCAAUUAUUUUAUCUAUAUUGCUCCACUUUGUGAUGGACUGUGAUUCAUGUCUGUGAAAAGUGCUAAAUGGAUCAACUUUGCUAACAAAUAAAGUUUUAAGGAACAUUAAAACAGUCCAAAGACUGUUAUUAGAUAAGGAGUGUAAACUUUUGUCUUCUACAGUUUUGGGAGAGAUAACAGAAUAUGCGUUUGCAGGGAAAUGGGAAUGGAUUUUUGGAUCUUGGAGCGAUUGACCUACGUCAAAAUAAAU